UACUUCCGCGCCUUCGGCGAGGGCUGGGUUCUCUGCAACGACCAGAGGGCUGGCAUGGCUCCGGGCGCGGCCUUGGCGCUCGAGGGGAGCUCACAGCCCUCGACCCCCGCAGCCUUGUUGCCACCAGCUGCCCUGGCCGAGGAGGUCGGGGACGCCUUCGCCGCGCUUGGGCGCGACGUGUUCAUGGGCAACAAUGUUUACUGUUGCAGACGCCGCGGGUCCCACUGCGCUGCGGGAGAUGUCCGCACAGCGCAGAAGCUCGGCUCGAG